GGGAACGCGGGUUGGGGCGGGGCCUGAGCCGGAGGGGCGGGGUGAAAAGGCCCCGCGCCGGUAAAGGGGCCGCCCGGAGCGCGGUCCCAGCCGUCUACUGCCGCCAGCCGUCCAUCCCUUCCAACUCGCCGCCCGCCCCUUCCCCGCCUGUUGCCAUCACCCGGGAAACGGGCCGCGACCGCCCGCCGACCCCAAGCUGGUUUCAUGGCAGCCGCGAAGAAAGCAGUUUUGGGGCCGUUGGUGGGAGCAGUGGACCAGGGCACCAGCUCGACGCGCUUUUUGGUUUUCAAUUCAAAAACAGCUGAACUACUUAGUCAUCAUCAAGUGGAAAUAAAACAAGAGUUUCCAAGAGAAGGAUGGGUGGAGCAGGACCCUAAGGAAAUUCUGCAUUCUGUCUAUGAGUGUAUAGAGAAAACGUGCGAGAAACUUGGACAGCUCAAUAUUGAUAUUUCCAACAUAAAAGCUAUUGGUGUCAGUAACCAGAGGGAAACCACUGUAGUCUGGGACAAGUUAACUGGAGAGCCUCUCUACAAUGCUGUGGCUGCUCCAGUUUCUCCUGGCCCUUCAGAUCCAGUUGCCGUUGUUCCCUCUGGCUCUUCAGUUCCAGCUGCUGGCACUUCCUCAGUGUGGCUUGACCUAAGAACCCAGUCUACCGUUGAGAGUCUUAGUAAAAGAAUUCCAGGAAAUAAUAACUUUGUCAAGUCCAAGACAGGCCUUCCACUUAGCACUUAUUUCAGUGCAGUGAAACUUCGUUGGCUCCUUGACAAUGUGAGAAAAGUUCAAAAGGCAGUUGAAGAAGAUAGAGCUCUUUUUGGGACCAUUGAUUCAUGGCUUAUUUGGAGCUUGACAGGAGGAGCCAGUGGAGGUGUCCAUUGUACAGAUGUAACAAAUGCAAGCAGAACAAUGCUUUUCAACAUCCAUUCUUUGGAAUGGGAUAAAGAGCUCUGCGAAUUUUUUGAAAUUCCAAUGAAAAUUCUUCCAAAUGUCCGGAGUUCUUCUGAGAUCUAUGGCCUAAUGAAAAUCUCUCAUAGCCUGAAAGCUGGGGCCUUGGAAGGUGUGCCAAUAUCUGGGUGUUUGGGGGACCAAUCUGCUGCAUUGGUGGGACAAAUGUGCUUCCAGGAUGGACAAGCCAAAAACACGUAUGGAACAGGCUGUUUCUUACUAUGUAAUACAGGCCGUAAGUGUGUAUUUUCUGAACAUGGCCUUCUGACCACGGUGGCUUACAAACUUGGCAGAGACAAACCAGUAUAUUAUGCAUUAGAAGGUUCGGUAGCUAUAGCUGGUGCUGUUAUUCGCUGGCUAAGAGACAAUCUUGGAAUUAUAAAGACGUCUGAGGAAAUUGAAAAACUUGCUAAAGAAGUAGGUACUUCUUAUGGCUGCUAUUUCGUCCCAGCAUUUUCAGGGCUAUAUGCACCUUAUUGGGAGCCCAGUGCAAGAGGGAUCAUCUGUGGACUCACUCAAUUCACCAAUAAAUGCCAUAUUGCUUUUGCUGCAUUGGAAGCUGUUUGUUUCCAAACUCGAGAGAUUUUGGAUGCCAUGAACCGCGACUGUGGAAUUCCACUCAGCCAUUUGCAGGUAGAUGGAGGAAUGACCAACAACAAAAUUCUUAUGCAGCUACAAGCAGACAUUCUGUAUAUCCCAGUAGUGAAGCCCUCGAUGCCCGAAACAACUGCCCUCGGAGCUGCCAUGGCAGCAGGGGCUGCAGAAGGGGUUGGUGUUUGGAGUCUGGAACCUGAGGACUUGUCAGCUGUCACGAUGGAACGGUUUGAACCUCAGAUCAACGCUGAGGAAAGUGAAAUUCGUUACUCUACCUGGAAGAAAGCUGUGAUGAAAUCAAUGGGUUGGGUUACAACUCAGUCUUCAGAAAGUGGUGACCCUAGUAUCUUCUGUAGUCUACCCUUGGGCUUUUUUAUAGUGAGUAGCAUGGUAAUGUUAAUCGGAGCAAGGUACCUCUCAGGUAUGCCAUAAAUACUACCAACUCAUGGAUUCCAAAGAUGCGAGCUCUUUACCUAUCAAGAAAACCCAGCAAUUCUGUCUCUUAAUGUGAUGACACUAUUCAUAGACUCUGAUUUGAUUUAUAAGCCACUUGCUGCAUGACCCUCCAAGUAGACCUGUGGCUUGAAAUAAAGAAAAUGCAGCAGAAAGAA